AAAAAAAAAAAAAAAUUUAUAUAAUUAAAAACAAAUAUGUUAAGGGCUUUAAACUAAUGAGUCAAGGCGGGGUAACAUAGAUAAUGUGGCUGGACAGUGAUACCAGUCGUUAUUUUUUGUUUCCCUGCUUUAAAUAACGUGCAAGGCUAGUAGCUUGGAAGUGUUGCUACAACUAGUAAAAUUGAAAUCGCGUCGAAUUAAGCUGCUCGCAUAAUUUGGAUCGAACUUCACUUGGUAAGUUCGUUUGAUCAUAAAUUUCAUUGAAUCAAGUAUUUUAAGAUCACUUGUAAUUUCCACUGCCGAAAUUGAUAAAACGCACACUGCCGAGAAUAUUGCAAGCGCCCUACGCCAUAUUUUCAAUGAAUGGCAAAUUGAAUCGAAAAUUGUUACCGUGGUCACGGACAAUGCCGCGUCUAUGAAAAAAGCGGUUAAUGAUUUUUUAUUCAAAAGGAAUCAUUACUGUGUUGCUCAUACCAUCAACCUUUCAGUAAAAGAUUGCAUUGAGAUCAAAGAUAGAGACGCAGAAGAAGAUCAUAACAAGCCUCUUUUCGACUUAAUAAAUAAAUGCCGGACUAUAGUUACCCAUUUUAAGCACAGCACCAAAUCAAGCUACACUCUAAUAGAUAUGCAGAAACAAAUGAAUUUAGAAAUGUUGAAACUGAAACAAGACGUUCGCACAAGGUGGAACAGUACAUUUUAUAUGCUGGAACGGCUUUUAAAAUUAAAAAUACCUCUAUCCGCUACUAUACCACUGCUAGACUCGCCUCCAAACAAUUUAAACUCUAAUGAAUGGCUUUUGGUGGAAGACGCUGUUUUGUUGCUACAGCCCUUUGAAAAAAUUACUUCUAUUUUAUCAGGAGAAGCGUAUCCGACAUUAUCAUCAGUAAUACCUUUGGUGUUAGGAUUACGCACCGCGAUCUCCAAAAAAAAUGUAAAAACGGAAACCGGAACGUUUUUGAAAAAAAAAUUAAUGGAUGUGGUCGAAAAACGUCUCGGUGUGUACGAACUCAACAGGACGGCAGCCAAAGCAACAAUCUUAGAUCCAAGGUUCAAGAAAAAAGGUUUCUCCACUGAAACCAAUGCAACCAAUGCACAGAUGUGGUUGAUAGACGAAUUGAAGGAAAUUAUUUCUAUAUGCACAACUGAUGGACCAGUUAUUUCUACAGCCGCAAGUGACAAUACCAUAAAUGAUUGUGAUGACGAAACUGAUGAAAUUUGGGGCCCCAUAGACAAAAAAAUAACAGAAUCCUCUCAUCAAAUGACACCAUUUACUUCUGCAGCAAGUAUGGUAAAACAGUUUAUCGACUUACCAUAUUUGGACCGAAAAAGGGAUCCAAUAAAAUAUUGGGACGAAAAUAAAACUUUGUUUCCGUUCUUGCAUAAAAUGGCACUAAAAUAUUUGUGCAUACUUGCCACAUCGGUACCUUCAGAAAGAUUGUUUUCAAAAGCAGGCCUUUUGUGUAAUGAACGGAGAAACAGGUUAGCUCCAAAGAAGAUUGACCAAAUAUUAUUCCUUAAUAGCUAUAACUAUUAAAACGUUCCAAUCCAUUGUUAUAAAUAUUUAUUUUUAUUAUUACAUUAUAUACACGAUUAUUUUUUA